AUAAAAUGUCCUAGAACUGUCAAUCAAAAUCUAUCAACAAAAUUCACACAGUUUUGGAAAUGAACAAAAUUACUAAUGUAUGUCCACACGGUCCUAACUGUUUUUAUUUUUGUCAUCCAAAGUGUAAUGUGCGAAUAUGACAGGCGCGUGAUCACGACUCUCAAAUACUCCAAAUACAGCAUAACGCCGACCAUCGUCAAUGGGAAACCAGCGGCUACUGGCCAGUUCCCAUUCCUGGUCUCCUUUAAGGAGCCAGUCAAAAGAAUGGAGCCAGGUAAACUGGUUUGGAAAAAUUUGUGCGGUGGCAGCAUAAUUGGUAAGUCCAAAGUCUUGACAGCAGCUCAUUGCUUCGAAAACAACAAUUUCUACUUCGCGAAAUACCCCAAAGUUCUCCGCGUGGUGGCAGGGGAGAAAAGUACUGACAUCAUACACAGCGGAGUGACGGAGACCACGCCUGAGGCUCAGUGGAGACAGGUCAUGAAAGUGCGCAUCCACCCGCGUUUCAGUUUCCCUUCAAACGAUAUUGCCGUAGCAUUCGUGGACAAACCAUGGCUCUUUACCAGAAAGGUCAAUUACAUAAAGGUAGCGAGGUCCACUAACGACUAUGCGCAUCAAUGUGUGUCAGCUGGGUUCGGGAGGAUCGGCCAUCGGUUGAGGGACUCCAUCUCGCCUGUGCUGCUUGCUGCUCCUAUAACUACGAUGCCGAGAUGGCGAUGUUCCUUAGUUUGGGAGAUGAAUAUGAAUUCGUUUAUUUGCACGGAAUCCGCAGUGACGGAUGUUGCUAGAGGAGACUCGGGAGGUCCCUUAUUGUGUCAGCACACUGGCGACCCCAACGAGAAGAAUGACGAAGGGAUAUUGGUAGGCGUGGUCAGUGGGAAGAACUUCGACAAGACCACCCUGUUCACUCGUGUGUCGGAGUACAAAACCUUUAUAGCGGAUAGUUCUAGUGAAACUCUACGUCAUAGUAUUGAUGCCUGUUUGGUUAUUAUACUGGUCGUUUUAAUAUAUCUUUUGUUUUACUUCAUGGUUUUCUGGGGUUGCAGUUGA